CUAAGGGGGAAAAAAGUGGGGAGAGAAAAAGAUAUGUACCUUAGGGAAGAACCUCAGUGAGAGGGAGGGAAUCAGAGGACGAGUAGGAGCGUGUGUACGAGUGUGUGAAAGAGACACUUACUCUCCUAACUACUACUGGGAGACACACACUUUCCUCACCCAACUCAAAGAAGCAGCAAACCCUGGAGAUUUUUUUUUAAAACCCCAAAAUUUCUAAUUAAUCUCUCAAGCAUCCAUCUUUUCCUUAAGACUUGCCUGCUAGGACUUCAUUUUCCACCCCUCUCUAGGAAUUCUAUGUACUGAUCAAUAGACAAUUUCCAUCCACACAAGACAUACCUCAUGGAUUUGUACCUGGUUGGAUAUCUCAUGUGCAUGUGGUUGUCCAGCUCUCGGGUGCUUGGAGGCUAUCCCAUCUGGUGGUCCCUGGCCCUUGGGCAGCAGUACUCAUCCAUAGGAUCACAACCCAUCCUGUGUGGCUCCAUACCUGGCUUGGUGCCAAAACAGCUGCGCUUCUGCCGCAAUUACAUUGAGAUCAUGCCCAGUGUAGCGGAGGGGGUCAAACUGGGAAUCCAGGAAUGUCAGCACCAGUUCCGUGGCCGCAGGUGGAACUGCACCACUAUCAAGGACAAUCUAGCCAUAUUUGGACCAGUACUUGAUAAAGCCACAAGAGAAUCUGCAUUUGUUCAUGCGAUUGCCUCAGCUGGAGUGGCGUUUGCAGUGACCCGUUCGUGCGCAGAGGGGACCUCCACAAUGUGCGGCUGUGACUCCCAUCAUAAAGGCCCGCCGGGAGAGGGAUGGAAGUGGGGUGGUUGCAGUGAAGAUGCUGAGUUUGGGGUUCUGGUGUCUCGAGAGUUUGCCGACGCUCGUGAGAACCGACCCGAUGCCCGGAGUGCCAUGAACAGGCACAACAAUGAGGCAGGACGGAUGACCAUCCUGGAAAACAUGCACCUUCGCUGUAAGUGCCAUGGACUGUCAGGCAGCUGUGAAGUGAAGACCUGCUGGUGGGCGCAGCCUGAUUUCCGGCUGUUGGGGGACUACCUGAAAGACAAGUACGACAGUGCCUCCGAGAUGGUGGUGGAGAAACACCGGGAGUCCAGAGGCUGGGUGGAAACCCUACGCGCCAAAUACGCCUUCUUCAAACACCCCACCGAGCGAGACCUGGUGUACUACGAGGGAUCUCCAAACUUCUGCGAGCCAAACCCAGAGACGGGUUCGUUUGGUACUCGUGACCGCGUCUGCAACGUGUCGUCGCACGGCAUUGAGGGCUGCGACUUGCUGUGCUGCGGCCGUGGCCACAACACACGGACAGAAAAGCGUAAGGAGAAAUGCCACUGCAUCUUCCACUGGUGCUGCUACGUCAGCUGCCAGGAGUGUGUGAGGGUCUACGAUGUGCACACGUGUAAAUAAGAGCAGCAGGUGGAGGAAGAAAGGGACUAGUGGACAUUAAAGGACGGAAAGCAAGAGAAGGAGAGGGAGAGACUGAGAACACACACAUGAUAGUGGCACUUCUGUGGUAGAACUCUUAACUAAUGUGCCCUUUUUGAUCUACACACCCCAAAAGAUGCCCAACGUGAGCAUCAUGGUUACUACUGCCAUUCCU